ACGCUUCAGUCUCUAACGAACUCUCUCAGCAAACCGUAACCUUCUUCCAAUGGCGGCUUUAACCCGCCUUGCUAAGCCCUCGUUCGCAUCGCGCUCCCCUAUCUCAUAUCUCAGCCGGUGCUUGUAUUCAGGCGUGGCCUCCGAGCCCAGUUCUCACGCCGCGUCGUCGUACAACCCUCACCUGGGGCCCAAGCCCAGUCGCUUGGUCAACGAUUCCAAGAACCGGAGCGUACAGUGGGUCUUCCUGGGCUCGCCGGGAGUCGGGAAAGGCACGUACGCUAGUCGGUUAUCUAAUCUCCUUGGCGUGCCUCACAUCGCCACCGGAGAUCUCGUCCGCGAGGAACUCGUUGCUUCCGGUCCUCUCUCUCAACAGUUAUCGGAGAUUGUGAAUCAGGGGAAGCUGGUUUCCGAUGAGAUUAUAAUAAAUUUGUUGUCCAAGAGAUUGGAGGCUGGAGAAGCUAAAGGCGAGCUAGGUUUUAUUCUUGAUGGUUUUCCACGAACCAUUAGACAAGCGGAAAUUUUGGAGGGGGUGACAGAUAUUGACUUGGUGCUAAAUUUGAAGCUCCGGGAAGAUGUAUUGCUUGAGAAAUGCCUAGGUAGACGAACUUGUGGUCAGUGUGGUGGAAAUUUUAAUGUGGCUUCAAUUAAUGUCAAGGGCUCGAACGGUUGUCCUGCAAUUAGCAUGGCUCCGCUUCUGCCCCCUCAGCAUUGUAUGUCGAAGCUUGUUACUCGGGCAGAUGAUACUGAAGAGGUGAUCAAGCAUCGGAUUGAUAUUUACAAUGAGAAGAGUCGGCCUGUGGAAGAAUUCUAUCGUCGUAGGGGGAAAUUGUUGGAGUUUGAUUUGCCUGGAGGGAUUCCAGAGUCUUGGCCAAAGUUGCUAGAAGUUCUUGAUCUUGAUGACUACAAGGAACAGCAAUCUGCUGCAGCCUGAUUAUAAUACUUCUCAUAUAAAGGUGAUUAUGUCAUUCCUACGCAUGAGGUGUGCGUUGGGGUUUUGGUUAUUGGUCAGUUUUCUCAUAGAUAAAAUUAUUGGAGAAUUUCCAUGAGUAUUUGUAUGGUGAGGGACAAUUUAUUUACUAACAAUUUUGUGGCAGCAAUAAGCCUCACUGAUGAAGGCUGGAUGAUUACACUGAAUUUUUGUAACUUAUAGACUUAUAGUUGAUCAACAUAUCAAAUUGCAUCUUGUGGGCAUCAAUUGCCCCUCAAUAAAACUUUUCUUCCGUAUUAUUGGAUAUAAAGUUUUAUCCAGUGAUUAGAUGUGUUGGAUAUAUAGGUUUAUUCGGUAUUCUAUUCUUUACCCGAGUUCCUUGCAGCUGGCCGAGCUGGUUGGCUUUAGUAUUGCCAAUCAGGAAGUUAACAGCUGCAGAUAUUAAUUUGUGGCACAAUACCAGCUCUUGACUGCAUAAGUUUCAGUGGUGCAAGAUAGAAUGUGCAGCACAUUUUACUGUUCAAAUUUGUUUCAUUUUUGCAAUGUUGUACUUGAAAUUAUUGCGACUGUAUUGUGCAUAGAGUAUAAGGUAAGUAUGUGUGUGACUGAAGUAUGUAGUUGAAAGGGUUUGGUGUUGUCUCUAUUAAGGAUAUCUGAAACCUGAAAAUAGUUUGAUAUCUCUGUUCAGAAGAUUUGUGUUUAAUUCUUUGUGCCCUUUUGCCGUUCUGGGUUUUCUUUCCUUUACGUAGUUAUGACUUAUGCCACAUGUUUGACAGCUUUUCAUUACAAGCGUCUCACUCCUGUAUUUUUGUUUAGAUUAUUUGUUCUCCUUCACUCCAAAAUGUUCUUCAGGCUUCCUCCCUAUAAUUAAUCACAUUGAUAUAGCUAUGCAUUUCUUCAAGUAUACCAGAUAGAUGUGAACUAUGACCUAGACAUGAUGGACGACAUCAUAG